CACCGCACUUAGUCUACUUCACCAAAACUUGUAAACAAAAGCUAGAAAUGAAGAGGAAAAUCGUAGAUACUUACUGAGCAAAAGAAAGCAGAGGAAAAUCAUGGAUCGGCUUAGUGAUUUGCCCGAUUCAGUGCUACAAAAGAUUCUGUCUUUGGUAGAGAAUAUGAAAGAAGUUGUAAGAAGUAGUGUGUUAUCCCCAAGAUGGCGCUUUCUUUGGAAGUCCGUUCCGCUAUCACUUCGUUUUUCUCUUGACGAUUCUAAUUGUAGAGGAGAUGGUGAUAUUGAUGAUUUCGUCAAAUACGUUAAUAGACAGGUUUUGCUUUCCAGGAUAUACGAAAAUUCAGUGUGAAUAUGAGGUUCAAAGAGUGUUACAGACAAGAUAUUGAUCUCUGGGUAUAUUUUGCUAAAGCUGCUAAUGUUGAAGAUUUUAUACUCACAUUAUACCAUGUUGUUAAUUGUGUUUAUGAUUUUCCUCAGUUUGGGUAUAUGAAUUCGUUCUUAAAGAAUAUGGUUUUACGUGAUUGCCAACUGAACCCUACUGGUAGUAUUAGCUGGAGUAGUCUUAUUUCUCUUUCAAUUGGGGAUCUCAAGUUGACAGAUGGGGUUAUGGAAAAGGUAUUAUCUGGUUGUCCUAACUUGGAGUCCCUAGAAAUCGAUAAAUUCUCGGGCCUUAAUCGUUUGGAAAUCAGCUCUGUCAAGGUUAGGAAGUUGAUCAUUGGGAGCAGCAAAAUAGAAGGGACAAAAGCUGGCCAUCUGCUUGAAAUUUUUGCCCCAUAUGUUCAAAAUCUUCAACUUUUGGGGUCCAGACAUGAGAUGCUCUUGCAGCUGAGAAAUGUGGCUUCACUUGUCACUGCUUUCCUCGGUUUUACACCCUAUAUACAGCUUUCUCGUGCUGAUGAUGAUGAAGUAGACAGGGAGUGUAGUUAUUUGAACGAGCUUCUUCAAAGUCUUGUCCAUGUCAAGAAUCUUGAAUUGGGUCCUUGGUGCAUCGAGUUCUUAUCCAUAUUGGUGCUGAAAGGGUGGCAAUCUCCUGCAUCAAGUCGAAGAAUCUUAACACUUAACGCCGCCUUGGUACAGCAGGACUUCCCUGCAAUUUGCAGCUUGCUACAGAGUUCGCCAGAUCUUGAGACAUUGGUCAUUGACUGGACUAAGCACAAUUCAAGACAUUUCCUCUUGAGGUUCAUCGAUGAGGAUGAAAAUGGCAGGAUGUUUGAGAAGCAUAUUUUUGACUGCUUAAUGUUCCAUCUGAGGACUGUCAAGAUCAUUAACUAUUACGGACCGUUAAGAGCAAAUAAGUAUAUAAUGCCAUUGGUAAAACAUUUGCUCAAGAAUGCAGAAGUGCUAGAGAAGAUGGUCAUUGCUGCCAGUUUACGCUACAACAAAUUCGAAGGGAGUGAUGUGUCUCGUGAUUUUGUUGAAAUGGCACAGGAGCUUCUAAGUUUUCCAAGAUCCUCCAAGCAUGCUGUAGUUCUGUUUUCUUAUUGAUAAUCCUCGGCCACUCUCAUAUGAAUGGAUUGCUACAUAGUAUUUAGCAGGUGUUACCUUAUGUGCAAAGCGUAUUACGAACUAGUCUGUGGUGAUUGUUAAGGUUGUGAUCUUUCUUGUCUGUAGCCAAAGAGUUGUUAGUAGAUGUUAAUGUCUAAGUGACUGUAUUUCUUCCUGAUCAUGGUAAAUCUUGCUAUUAUAUGUUUUGUUA